GCAACGGGUGGCGGUAGUUUGUCAUUCAUUCGUAAUUUAGUUGCAGUAUGGAUCGGAUCGUGAAAUGCGCGGUGCUCGUUUGUUUAGUGGGAGUGCCCUUGUGUGAUGGCAUCAAUAUUCUAUGUUUGAUGGGAGUUCCCAGUCCAAGCCAUCACAUUUGGAACCGGGUGCUGAUGGAAGCUCUGGCAGCGAAGGGAUACAAUCUUACUAUUGUUUCACCGGAUACGGAGAAAGUCCAGAAGCCCAAUUUAACAUACAUUCACCUAGAGGAGGUCUAUCACACCAUUCACGAUGGUGACACGGCAAUCGAUUUCUACGAAAUGGCACAGCAGAAUCUUGUCAAAAGUAUGCUCACGUUUUACGAAUAUGCCUAUUCGCUUUGUGAAGGAGUUUUGCGAUCGAAAGGAUUGAACGAGAUACUAAGCUAUCCAGAUGACUUCAAGUUUGAUUUAGUGCUGUACGAUUACACGUGUGGUCCGUGUUUGAUGGGAUUGUAUCAUAAGUUCGGCCAGCCACCGUUAGUUGGAGUUACCGGUUUCAAUAUUCCUCCGUACACUGUGGAUUUGAUCGGCGGUCACAAAUAUCCGGCCUACAUACCGUAUUAUACUUUGACUUAUGACACAGACAUGACAUUCUUUCAGAGAUUGGAGAAUUCCUUCAUCUAUACCGUUGAUUAUUUGUAUCGCAACUACUAUUAUCUGCCAAAGACGGACGAAAUAAUCCGACGCAGGCCAGAGUUCAAGGAUGGCCCUUACUUGGGAGAUUUGGAUCAAAAAAUGAUUCUGAUGCUCGUAAAUUCUCACCACGCGGUUGACUUUCCUGAACCCAUACCUCAGAAUAUGAUCCCAGUUGGUGGUUUGCAAAUACUGCCUUCAAAACCACUACCAGCCGAUAUUGAGGAGUUCGUAAGAACUUCCAGAAAAGGCGCGAUUCUCUUCUCACUGGGCACUAACGUCCUAAGCUCGGAUUUGGGAGAAGAACGCAUCAAAAUGUUCUUGGAAGCAUUUGGGAAGUUCCCAGAUUACAACUUUCUGUGGAAGUUUGAAGCGGAUCCCACAAAGUACAAGAUUCCAAAAAAUCUGAUGAUGCGUAAAUUUUUACCCCAAAGUGACAUUUUGGCACACCCUCGAACCAAGCUGUUCAUUACCCACGCUGGAUUGUUGAGCACCCACGAGGCAACUUGGCAUGGUGUUCCGAUGAUCGGGAUUCCUUUCAUAGCAGAUCAAUAUCGGAACUUAGAGAAAUCCCUACGAGCCGGAGUGGCCGAAAGGUUGGAUGUUUGGACGCUGACAACCGAAAGAAUAGUGCACACUAUCCGGAAAGUUUUGGAAGAUCCAUCUUAUCGGCUCAAAAUGAGCGAGAAGUCUGCCCUGUUUCGGGAUCAACCGGAAAAACCUCUGGACCGUGCUCUCUGGUGGAUCGAUUGGUGUUUGCGUCAUCCGAAAGCGGAAACCAUUCAAUCACCUACGUUACGCUUAGGGCUGUGGAGAAGUGAAUUGUAUGAUGUUAAAAUUUUCGUUAUUGUGGUUGCAGUGGCUGUAUUUGUUGUUGCUAAAAGAGUUAUAGGUAGUCUAACAAGAAGUAAUAAGAGUAAUAAAAAACUUAAGAAAAAGUGAAUUUGAUAGUUCGCUAUGUGUGAGUGCAACUUUUUACGAUAGUGAUACGUUCGUGACAGAUGAAUCGAAUCACUGCUAAUGCUGACAGUAAGUAACGAGAUAUUAUUUAUUAAUUUUAUAUUAAUAGUCGAAUAAAUAAAAAUUCAAAGCUUUGUUGCUUACA